AUGCCAUGGGUGGGCUUUGCAAGCUCUGGGAACUACUGGCACGAUUAUGAGGGUCGCGUGAUAAGUGAAAACGGGGAAACGACGACGUACGCAAUUAAUUGCCCUCCAACAAGUGACAAAACGGCCUGUAUCAGGUUUGAUCCAGAUGCGACAUUGAUCGCUGCUCCCAGCUCCUACGACUUCAUCAUGAGCAACUAUGGGCAAUAUACAAGCACCGGGUGCACCUUUACUGGCACUCCCACGCCUACCACCGCCACUUGCUCGUACAGCCAGUCAUGGCAUAUUCGCUCUUCCACUGUGACUCGUGACAGGACAUAUGUUCUUCCUGGAACUGAGGUGCGGGAAAUUGUCUCUGCUACUUUGACUGUGGCAGGGACGGGUCCUUUCCCUACUGGCACAGCGGCAACUGCUACUAGAGCGACAACGACCACAACGACGGGUUCUACUACUGGUGCGACAGUAGCAGGGACUUCUGCCACGAGCGCAACGGCUUCUGGGAACGUCGCAGGCAGGACAGUCGCGCCGAUGAUGUUUGUGGGUGCGGUGGUGGCCGGUAUGGCGGUGCAAGCAUAAUUCUCGUUCCACCGUCCUUUCUCUCAGACAUAGGGCUGUUGUGGUGGAUAUCCGUUGUAUAUCAUUGCUUGAAUUCCCCGACUUGUGCCAUCGCCUCAGACUGUCAGAGUGCGGGAAUAACGAUCGGCUAGGCUGGAUUAUCGGCAGUGCCAAACAUCUACACCAGACCUAGACUUGUAGACCCGGCUCGCAAUAAAUGAAGGAUGAAACGAUCCCGGACUUCAAGGUGCCGUUCGAAUGGAGCCUUCUACAUACUCAGAGCGACGGAUAGGAAGGUUCUACUUCCGGUCUAUUGUCUGAGACUUGCGAUAGAUCAGAGUGUCCGUGCUGUUCCGUCUUUACUUUCAUUCGGCGGUAUCUAAAUCAUGCAAAGCUUACAAUGCCAGAUGAGAUUAUGGGCACCUACUCCUGGUGAAGGAUCUGAAGCUCGUCCUUUGCGCGCCCAGGGUACAGCCCCGAGUAUAGUAACAUUUGGGACUUGAAACCUCGAC